UUAGAUCCUCCUAAAGUAAACAAUCUACAUUUUGGGUUUUCGGAUUCGGAAAUGUUGACGAUCCCUGCUUAUACGCUGACCAGUGUUAGUAUUAAAGAGGGAUAUUUCAAAACACCUCCAUUGGUUUCUGAGCAACGUCCUCAUCUGCUUCGCCAUGCUUCUGAGGAGUAUAAUUCUGUUGAUAACGUUCACGCAGAUCUACGCCGGGGAAGGCUGGAGAAGGCCUGGCUGCCAUAAAAUGGGGCACACUCGGGAAAUCAACAUACCCGACUGCGUCGGCUUCAAGAUCACGACCAACGCCUGCCGCGGCUACUGCGAGUCCUGGUCACUGCCUAGCAUCAUGCUGGGCUUUAAGCGGCAUCCGGUCACUUCACUGGGGCAGUGCUGCAACAUCAUGGAGUCGGAAGACACGCAUGUCAAGGUGCAAUGUAUUGACGGAGAACGGAAUUUGACGUUCAAGUCGGCAGUGUCCUGCGCGUGCUACCACUGUCAGAAGGAAUAGAAUUUCUGUGACUUCCCACUCACAGAAAACUCACAGACGUGUAUAUAUCUAAGUAAACUCACCUACUUUGUACCGCAGGAUUUUUUGUCGAUUAAGCAAGCGUGAGGCGCAUUUAGAUUUGUAAUUAUGAUAUUGAUAUGAUAUUUGUUGAGACAGCGACUCACUGAAAUUAAUACCGAUAGAUGAACGAAUUCUUAUGUCAAUUAAAAUUUCUUAUCUAGUUACGCUUUACGAAGUAGUUUUCGUAAGUGCAUCUUAAAAAAAAAACAGUUUUCAAAUAUGUUUUCCGAAACACGAAAUAACUCAAUCUUAAUAACUUUAUUCACGUUCGGAAAUAAAACAGAAUUGGAAUCUAAUUUUGUCGUUGCUUUUUAAAGUUGUGAGUAACUAUUAUACUUAUAUUUACUUACUUAAAUACAUAUAGAAGUAGGUGCAUUUGGGUGGUCUUCUUAGAUGUAAGUCUGUGAUUAUACUACAAUAAGUUAUUAAUUUCCAAUCUAUUGUUGUUCUAAGGGGAAAUAGAUUAUCUUAGUGAAAUUAAACAAUGAAUUGUUUGUCUUAAGUGAAAUAUUACUCAACUUAUUAUAACUUGCGAUGUAGAAAUUAAGACAAAAUUUGUAAGUAUAUUAGGUACCUAAAGGAGGGUACUUUAUAAACUGUAAAAUAAUUGUGAUUCGUUAAAA